AUGGGAGUGCGAACCCCUGGAACCAAGGGAGAAAAAGGUCUUCCUGGACCGCCUGGACCACCAGGUCAAUCCGGUGUCUGGCCCGAAAUCAAGCAGCCUCCAGAGAUCGAAGUCCUCCAAGGACCCCAAGGAACGCUAGGUCCCAAGGGAGAAAAGGGACGCAAUGGACCGGUCGGACAGCCCGGUUAUCCGGGACGCGAGGGAGAAGGUGGAUUCCCCGGCCUAAAGGGCGAUAAGGGCGACCAUGGAGACUUCGGAGAACGAGGAAAACGUGGUAAAGACGGCAACACAGGACUUCACGGAGAGAAGGGUUCCCAAGGAGAACAAGGUCUCGGUGGACUACCUGGCAUGCCUGGACACAAGGGUGAAGCCGGUGAGCCUGGAUAUGAUGGACGACCUGGAGAGGAAGGAGAUUGUGGACCGGAAGGACCGAUUGGUAUUGGAAAGGGAUCACCUGGACCUCGUGGAUCUCAAGGAUACGAUGGUGGCCCGGGAGGAAUGGGUUUGCCCGGAAAGGACGGACUCCCCGGAACUGGUGGAUGGAGAGGAUCGGGUGAACGUGGUACCGAUGGAUACCCCGGUCUCAUUGGAGCCCCCGGAAUGCCCGGUGAAGAUGGUGACUGCGGCCUGCCCGGAGAAGAUGGACCCCCUGGUUUUGACAUUCAGGGCCCACCUGGUAGUGAUGGCCAGUCUGGCCGCGAUGGAUAUCCGGGAAUCCCCGGUACCGUUGGAGACCCCGGCUACUCUGGAGAAAAGGGUUUCCCCGGCACUGGUGUCAACAAAGGCGCAUUGGUAUUGAUGCCGCCCCGGGUGCCCCUGGUGCUGCUGGAGAAAGGGGAGAUGACUGUGGCUAUUGCCCUGAUGGACUCCCUGGGCUUCCGGGAGAUUCUGGAGCCCCUGGACAUGAUGGUUUCGCUGGACCACCCGGUCAAUAUGGUGAUGAGGGUGAUUGCGGAGAGCCUGGGCUUCCUGGAAAGAAUGGCCAGCCGGGGUCUGAUGGAUUACCCGGACUUGAGGGACCACCUGGAUUGCCUGGAUACCCUGGACCAAAGGGAGAAAUGGGUGACAUCAUCGGUCCCAUCGAGAAUCCACCGGGUGUCAGCGGUCUUAAGGGAGAACGAGGUUUGCCUGGACUGCCCGGUAUUGCCGGUCUACCUGGAAUGGGUGGUCCUCCCGGAGCUCCUGGACCUGAUGGCCCGCCCGGUUUCCCUGGCGAGCAAGGUCUGGUCGGCAUCGAUGGCAAGAAGGGUCGUGAUGGAAAUCUCGGUAUCCCAGGGCUGCCCGGUCCACCAGGCGACAACUUCCCUGGAACCCCUGGAGGCCCAGGGUACCGCGGAGCCAAGGGAGAAGCCGGUUUCCCCGGUAUGCCUGGACAGCCGGGUCUACGUGGUCUGGAUGCCCCUCUUGAGGACCAACAAAUUGGAGCCCCCGGCCGUCCUGGCACUGAUGGAAUCCCUGGAGAAGAAGGAGACUGCGGAGAGGAGGGUCUUCCUGGAUACCCGGGUCAACCUGGAACUCCUGGUCAAGCCGGAUACCCAGGAGAGCGCGGAGCUGAUGGCCUCCCCGGUUUCCCGGGUCUGCACGGAGAGCCUGGUUUCCGUGGACAGCAGGGUGAUGUUGGGCUUAAUGGCCUGGAUGGUGACUGCGGUGAGGAAGGCGAAGCCGGUCUGCCGGGACUUCCAGGGGCUGCUGGACGACCCGGAGAACCUGGUUACGGUCUUCCCGGCACUGCUGGAUACCCUGGAACCGCUGGAGAACGAGGCUUUGACGGACUGCCUGGAAUCCCUGGACCUCAAGGCAAAGAUGGACAGCCCGGACUCCCAGGUCACGCUGGAGAGCGAGGACUGGAUGGAUAUCCCGGAGCAACGGGCACUCCUGGUCUCCCUGGAGAGCUUGGCGUCCCUGGCUUCCCCGGCACUCCCGGACGCCAAGGAGCAAUCGGAUGUCCUGGUCAACCAGGUCAACCCGGCCUCCGCGGCGAAAGCGGCUUCCCUGGUCAGCCUGGCCUUCCUGGAGAAGAAGGAGAAUGCGGCGAAGAAGGCCCAGCUGGACCUCCCGGCCUACGUGGAGAGCAUGGCUCGCCUGGACUACCUGGUGCCGAUGGAUAUCCUGGAGAAGAAGGAGAAUGCGGCCUCGAGGGAACUCCUGGUUUCCCGGGAGAGCUCGGCUCCGACGGGCGAAUGUGGAGAUGAAGGAGAAGUGGGCGCUUCCUACCCUGGUCAACCAGGAUUGCCCGGUUUGGAAGGUGAUGCCGGUUAUGAUGGUCGUGAUGGACUUCCUGGACCGCCCGGUUACCCGGGUAUGACUGGACAGCCUGGAACACGAGGCGAGAAUGGAGACGCUGGACUUCCUGGCGGCCCUGGCCGUCCCGGAGCUCCUGGACUCCCCGGAAUUGAAGGAGACUGCGGUGAUGAUGGUAUUCCAGGAUAUCCUGGACCUCGUGGCCCUGAUGGACGAAGUGGACUCCCCGGCGAGCCUGGCUACCGUGGUAUUCCUGGCGACAACGGCCAGCCUGGAUUCCCUGGACGACCUGGUCUUCCUGGUCUGAAGGGCGAAAACGGCUUGCCUGGGCUGCCUGGUCAUCCUGGUGCGCCUGGUUUGCUUGGAUAUCCGGGCGACUCUGGACAUGCUGGUGUUGAUGGACACCCAGGUGAUAACGGACAGCCAGGUCUUCCUGGUAUUCCUGGCGAGGAGGGCGAAUGUGGUGACGAGGGACAUCCUGGACGCGCUGGAAUGCCCGGCCCACCUGGACCGCGUGGAUUGGUUGGUGACGCCGGACUUCCCGGGCUUCCUGGCCGUGAUGCUACUGGCCCCGCUGGUAGCCCAGGCGAGGCCGGUCUCCCCGGUCGCGAUGGAAAUCCUGGCGUGCCAGGAGAGCCCGGUGAGCGUGGAAAUGAUGGCAUCCCUGGUGCUCCUGGUUUCCCUGGCAUGCACGGAGACCCUGGCCUCCCUGGACAUCCCGGAGAGAGGGGACUGGUUGGACUAAAUGGCAAGGAUGGACGUGAUGGACAGCCCGGCACACCCGGAAUUCCCGGCCAAGACGGACUUCCCGGAGAAGAGGGAGACUGUGGUGAUGACGGAUAUGCGGCCCCGGCGCUCCUGGUCUUCGUGGAGACAAUGGAUUCCCUGGUACCCCUGGCACGCCAGGAGAAGAAGGUGACUGUGGUGAUGACGGUACCAACCUGCCACGAUGGCACUGCACCACUCUGGACUGGUUAUUCUCUCCUGUAUGUGCAAGGAAACGGACGAGCAUCUGGCCAAGAUCUCGGUCAGCCCGGCUCUUGCAUGGCAAAGUUCUCGACGAUGCCGUUCAUGUUCUGCAACUUGAAUAGUGUGUGCCAUGUGUCUUCCCGUUCCGACUAUUCCUUCUGGUUAUCCACUGAAGAGCCGAUGACCCAGAUGAUGAAUCCGGUAACCGGAACCGCUGUGCGUCCGUACAUUUCGCGGUGCGCCGUUUGCGAGAUCCCAACCCAGAUCGUUGCCGUGCAUUCGCAAGACGUGCAUAUUCCUCAAUGCCCGCAAGGAUGGAGCCCAUUGUGGCAAGGAUAUUCCUUUGUCAUGCACACCGCGGCCGGAGCCGAAGGCACCGGACAAUCGCUUCAAUCGCCUGGUUCGUGCCUGGAAGAGUUCCGCGCCGUACCAUUCAUUGAGUGCCAUGGAAGAGGAACCUGCAACUACUACGCUACCAACCACGGCUUCUGGUUAGCCAUUGUGGAACAGAACCAACAGUUCCGGAAACCAAUGUCGCAGACCCUGAAGGCCGGAGGUCUGAAGGAUCGCGUUUCACGGUGCCAGGUGUGCCAGAAAGAUCCACCCCGGUAC